GUGUGUCUAUUAGCCAUGAUAAUAAAGAGAGGGGUCUGAGUAGUGGGUGGGGGGAUCAUGCGUUACAGUGACUUUAAGGAGAGAUAAGGAGAGACCUGCCCAUUCUGAAAUGGCCAAAGUAAAAGAGAAAGAUUUCUGAUGUAGGUGGAGUUAGUGUAGAUCGUGGGAGGGUGAGAAAAGAGGACUCAAACAUGUGCUGAGAAGUGUGAAGAGUGGGGGCAGAGCAGCACUGGCUUUGAGAGAGAGAGAAAGAGAAAGAAAGAGAGUGAAAGAGAGAAAGAGAGAGAAAGAGAGAGGCUUAUUGGUUUUACACAGAAUCAAGUUGCAGAGGCCCAUACAGCAGUGACAGAGAAAGGAAGUGUGAUAAUCAGCUUGGGAAAUGACUCUUUAAAGUUGUUCUGCUCAGAGACCGGGGCUGCUCUUAAACAGACAUGAAUGGUGAUGGCUGCAAACAGCGUUAUGUGUCAACCUUCAGGAUACAGAUCAAACCACCACGUGCAUCAUCUGCACCAGGGAAUGGGCCGGGAACUAUUGACACCGCGGUCAAAUGUACUGAUACAGGGUCUCUCAGCCUCUCGUCAUGUAAACGUCUGGACCCACCCGUCUUCAUAGAGCCUCUGCAGGACUGCAGCGUGGACGAAGGAAGUGACAUCACACUACGUGGAGUUCUCAAGGGAAGUCAGCCUAUCAAAGUGUCAUGGUUGCACAAUGGUGAAGUGGCCCGCUUUGGGAAACAUUCUUUCGAUGGCAGGGACGUGAGCUUUGUGGUGACGGAGUGCCUGCCGGAAGAUGCUGGUGCCUACACCUGUUUGGCGGAAAACAGUGCAGGGAAGACGUCCUGCUGCGCUGCCGUGUUCGUCAGAGACUUUGAAACUAUCUGUGGUAUGCACAGUCACAUCUCAAAGAUCCCCACUUCUGCAUCCAAGAGCAUUAUGGAAAACGGAAUGUCACCACAGUCUCCCAAAGAUGAGCGACAGGAAUUCAGACGGUCUCUUUGUACCUCCGAUACAGGGUCUGAUAAGCAGAGUCCAGUCUCCUCUCCAAGAGAAGUCAUCCCAAAGAAGAGAGCCAACUCAGGGAAAGGUCCAGCAUUACACUUUGAAAACCCUCCACAGCACCUCGAGGUGAAGGUGGGACAGACCGCCCGUGUGACGUGCUUUUUCACCGGCAGCCCUCCUGUGGUGUCCUGUUGGAUCAGAAACAAAGAGCAGAUAGUGGAUGGUCCAGAGCUGCGGACAGAAAACACAGAUCGAAGCAGCACACUGGUUAUAGCAGAGACGAAACCACAGCACACAGGCAGCUACACUAUUGCAGUGAGAGACCGCAAGAGUUCAGCACAACACACGCUCACUCUUUCUGUAAUAGAGAGGCCGCAGCCUCCUGCCUCUUCCCCUGUCAUCUCCCGUGUCUCUGCCUCCAGCCUUGUGCUGUCCUGGUCGGGCCCCUGCUACGACGGUGGCAGUGUCGUCCUGGGUUAUGUGAUCGAGGCGAAGAAGCAAGGACGUGCUGAGCCUGGGGAGUGGAGCGAGCUAACCUCCCAGUGUAAGAGUACUUCAUACAGAGUGAGUUCUGGGCUGCAGCCUCACAAGGAAUACCGUUUCAGAGUGAGGGCCUACAACACCGUGGGAGCAAGCGAACCAGGACCAGUGUCGCCAGUGGUUAGGAUGGAGCAGAAAGAUUUAGACAAACCACAAGAAGAGGAGGCCUCUCAAGCCUAUACCUCUGUCACCAUCGACUCUACCCACAAAGUCACAGAUCACUACAAUCUGCAGGAGAAACUGGGAAUGGGAAAGUUUGGCCUGGUAUUCAAGCUAACACACAAAGAGACAGGACGUGUGUGCGCUGGGAAGUUCUACAAAGGCCGACGUGCCAAGGAGCGGGAGGCUGCUCGUAAAGAGAUAGAGCUGAUGAACUAUCUCCACCACCCCAAACUGGUUCAGUGUCUGGCGGCCUAUGAUCACAAGCCUGAGAUGGUCAUGGUCAUGGAGUUUAUCGCAGGUGGGGAACUGUUUGAACGUAUUGUGGAUGACAGCUUUGAGCACACAGAGCCUGCCAGUGUGCGCUACAUGCAGCAGAUCCUGCAGGGGAUUGACUACAUGCAUCAGCAAAACAUUCUCCAUCUGGACCUCAAACCUGAAAACAUUGUGUGUGUUGACACCACCGGCACCUCCAUAAAAAUCAUUGAUUUCGGAUUAGCCAGCAAGCUUGACGGCAACACGCCUCUGAAGGUGAUGCAUGGGACUCCAGAGUUUGUGGCGCCUGAAGUGAUCAACUAUGAACCUGUUUGUUUGGCCACUGACAUGUGGAGCAUUGGGGUCAUCUGCUACAUACUACUGAGCGGCGAGUCUCCAUUCCAGGGAAACAGCGAUGCAGAGACCCUGGCCUUGGUCACAGCUGCCCAGUGGGAGUUUGAUGAGGACAGCUUUGAUGAGAUAACAGACGAGGCCAAGAAUUUCAUCAGCUCCCUGCUCAACAAGGACACCAGGCGGAGGAUGUCCUGUGAAGAGGCCCUUGCCCACCCUUGGAUGGCAGCAUUUGACUCUGGAGAUCUUGCUGCCACAAAGUGUCUGUCUAAGGAAAAGAUGAAGAGGUUUCUAGCCAGGCAGAAGUGGAAGAAAGCAGGUAAGGCCAUGCUUGCCCUGAAGAGAAUGGCUUUACUCUCCAAGAGUGACAGCUCUGGAUCUCCUACCAGCCCUGGAGGAGACUCACCCCUAAGCCCAGAAGCAGAGCAUGCCCUACAGUCUCUGGAGCAGAAGAUGCAGGGGCCACCCCAGUUCACCCAGAGCCUGGAGGACCAGACGGUAGCUCAGGGAUCCAGUGUCCGUCUCUCAUGUCACCUGACAGGAUACCCCGAUCCAGAGGUGGUGUGGCUGUGUGGGGAGGAGCCUGUAGUGGAGUCAUCCACGGUGCAGAUAGAGUACGAGGAAGACGGCCACUGUACCCUGGUCAUCGCCAAAGUUGGCACUGUGGACACCAAUGUUUACACCUGUAGAGCCACCAAUGACCACGGGGAGACAUUCUGCUCAGCCAACCUCACUGUUCAACAGUAGAUUCAUUAUAUCUAUGUAGGCAUACUAUACAGGACAGAGAUAUACAGUAAAUGUAUUAUUAAUGUUCUUGAGUGCCACGAACAGUUGUACUAUUCAUUAUUGCUUUGAUACAAACGGGGGCCAAACUCUCUGUGGCUGAAAAUAUAUAACGUAUGUAUUACUGUACAAAAUGUAUGAACAGAUGAAUAUUGUUACAGAGCUAUAAGCAUUAUUUCUUCAUGGGACUAGGAUGUGGUUUUACACUGUCUUAAACCACAAAUGUAUUUCUUACUUUGGCUCAUGGGUGAAUAAGUUUAAGACUCCCUUUCAAACCUGUCCCCUGGCAAUAUGAAUAAAUGAAGAUAUUCCUUUUGAAAAGAAAA